GUGAAUCUAUAAUUUGGUCAUCAAUUUACAGGGAGUCCAACCCAAGCAAAAAUUUUAGGCGUCCAGCCGUCUUUGGAAAUACAGGCCAUCCUACGAGGCCUAAUGGCCCUCUAUAUGACUGCUGAGAGCUCUCUGGGGAAAGCCUUGCCAGAGAGGCGUACAAUAGUGUUGUUUCAAAUCAAGCUACUCUUCAUGAAAAGUAGUUUGGGGACUGUUGUUGAAUUUCAACUUAUUUUGUCGGUCCAGUUUUUCAGCUUCCAGAUUUUUGAGCUCUUAUCAUAUUGUAAACUGCCUCUACCGCUAGAAAAGUUCUAAGGAAAAAAAAAACAAUGAAGGAGUUUUGAUCUGCGCUAGUUUAUUUAAUCUGCAAGCAUUAAAGAAAUUACUAAUGUGGUUUAGAUGUUUAAACCAAAACUGAUAAAUUGCUUUUUGGUACUAGGUUACUAACUGAUAAGAGAAUUUGUAUACAUUUCUGCUUAAUGCAGGUCACAAGAUGGAUAACAUCUUGGUGUGAGAAAAAGUGGACGUGCCUGUGUUCAUUGUUCAUGUUUCCAAUGACAUGUUUUGAACAUUAAGUGCAUGAUCUAAUGACAGUCAUGUCAACUGGAGAAGGAGACAGCGGGCAGAGAAGGAAGAUUGAAGAAAUAGGCAAGAUGACUGCCUUGACCCAGGAGGAGAUCAUCAGUAACACCAAGACCGUGGUGCAGGGGCUGGACACCCUGAAGAAUGAGCACCACCAGAUUCUAAACAGUCUCCUCUCCUCACUGGAGGCCAUUAAAGCAGAACAUGGAGACACAAACUUGGUGGAGGAGAAAACUGGGAUUCUUAAAAAGUCUCUGGAAAUGAUUGAUCUUGGUCUCAAUGAAGCACAGGUUAUGAUGGCACUUACAAAUCAUCUGCAGCAUGUAGAAGCAGAAAAACAAAAAUUGAGAGCACAAGUUCGACGUCUUUGUCAAGAAAAUGCAUGGCUACGUGAUGAGCUUGCAAACACACAACAAAAGCUACAACUUAGUGAACAAAAAGUUGCAGAAAUUGAAGAACAAAAUAAACAUUUAGAAUUUAUGAAAGAAAUGAGGAAAUAUGACGAGGAAGAUACCACACAAACAACUCCUGACCAAGAACCAAUCAGUUCUGAGAAGGAUUCCAAAAAUCUCCCACUAGACCUUGGCUUCCCAGAUGAUGAUGAAGAUAAUCAGCAGCAGGACAGCAUGAUGUCUCCAUCUCAACCCAUGGUGAUGUCUCAAGCAGCUGCUGGCGGAUAUGAAAUUCCCGCAAGGCUACGAACACUCCAUAACUUAGUCAUUCAGUAUGCUUCACAAGGGCGCUAUGAGGUGGCAGUGCCUCUGUGUAAACAGGCACUGGAAGAUCUGGAGAAGACAAGUGGCCAUGACCAUCCAGAUGUAGCUACAAUGUUGAACAUUUUAGCCUUAGUAUACAGAGACCAAGGCAAAUACAAAGAGGCUGCCAACCUGUUAAAUGAUGCCCUAGGCAUCAGAGAGAAAACUCUUGGACCUGAUCACCCUGCAGUUGCAGCCACAUUGAAUAAUCUUGCAGUUUUGUAUGGAAAGAGGGGGAAGUACAAGGAAGCGGAACCUCUCUGUAAAAGAGCUCUUGAAAUUAGAGAAAAGGUCUUGGGCAAGGAUCACCCAGAUGUUGCCAAACAGUUGAAUAACUUGGCCUUGCUAUGUCAGAACCAAGGGAAAUAUGAAGAGGUGGAACAGUACUACCAGAGAGCACUGGAGAUCUAUGAGACCAAAUUAGGACCUGAUGAUCCUAAUGUUGCCAAGACAAAGAAUAAUCUAGCCUCUGCCUACCUGAAGCAAGGGAAAUACAAGCAAGCUGAAAUCCUUUACAAAGAGGUUCUCACUAGGGCACAUGAAAAGGAAUUUGGGAAAGUGGAUGGUGACAAUAAGCCCAUCUGGAUGCAGGCGGAGGAGAGAGAGGAGAACAAGCAUUUGUAUGUUGGCAAGUUCAAGGAUAAUGCCCCAUAUGGAGAGUAUGGAGGCUGGCACAAGGCUGCCAAGGUAGACAGCCCUACUGUUACCACCACUUUGAAAAACUUGGGAGCCCUCUACAGAAGGCAGGGCAAAUAUGAAGCUGCAGAGACGCUUGAAGAAUGUGCCAUAAGGUCUAGAAAGAAUGCGCUCGAUGUUGUGCGGCAAACCAAGAUUGCUGAAGUGCUCGGAAGUGAAGGCAAAGAUCAAAAUACCCCAAAAGAGAAGAAGCGCUCCAGCAGUAAAGAUCGCAUGCGCCGAGACUCUGCAGAUAGUGUCUCUUACGACAAGAGUGGUGGUAAUGCUGAUGAUGUGAGUAUCAGCAUCGAUUGGCAGGGCGACGGGACUGGGAAACUAAAACGCAGUGGUUCGUUUUCCAAACUACGAGCAUCCAUUAGACGUAGCAGCGCUAAACUGGUACAGAAACUGAAAGGAAAAGGGUCCUCCGACUCUGACUCUAAUUUGGGAAGGUAAGAUAGACCCCUUCUCCCCCUGACUUACAAUAUAACAGACUUACUUUAGCAUGCAUGGCUUGGUGAUACUAGUGUUAGAAGGUGCCAGUGUUUAAUGACAUGCAGUGCAUUGUGCAGAGAUAUCUAACAAACUAGCUACCAAUUACUCUUUUUAUUUGUGGAAAUAGGGUCGGCUUGCAUCGGUUAUUGUUUUUUUGUUUAAUUUGAAAGUUACCAUGUUUAGUUUUGUUGGAUUUUGAUUGUUUGCUUGCAGUCCUUGUGCUUGAUAUUUGACUGUUUUAAAGUAAAUGAUUAUUUUUUUUUCUUUUAAGUUUAGUUUAAC